CGUUUAUGUAGAGGAGCCCAUUCCCAAUUUCAACUCGGUUCAAUCCCCACCGGUUUAUUUUCUCGGAUGAAUUUCGGAAAUUUCUCCCAAAAUGCUUUCCUGUAUCACUUCAUUUCUUUGGUGUGCGCUUCUCUACUUCGCCAUAAUUCCUGCUAUUAUCCUCAUAGCGACACGAAUCAUUGUUAAAAAAUUGCGUGGUCAGGUGGAUCCCACAAAUGAGGUAGAUGUCUCAGGGAAGACCGUAAUUGUCACCGGGGCCUCGGAUGGAAUUGGUAAAGCGACCGUGGAGGAGUUUGCCACCCGUGGGGCAAGAGUAAUCCUGGCGUGUAGAAAUGUGCAAAAAGCAGAAAAAGUUGUGGACGAUAUCCGCUCUAGGACAAGGAAUGGGGAACUGAUCAUAAUGCACCUCAAUCUUUCCUCACUCUCCUCCGUGCGAUCAUUUUGUGCCGAUUUUAUCCAAAAAUAUCCCUCCAGUCUGUCCAUCCUUGUCAAUAAUGCGGGUCUCAUAAAUCCCGUCGGCGUCAGGAACCUGACGGAGGACGGUUUUGAAGAGACUUUCGGCGUAAAUCAUCUCGCCCACUUUCUCCUCACCGACCUUCUCCUCCCCGAACUGAAGAAAACUGGAGCGCAAAAUCCUUCCGAGCCGAGUCGCGUGGUCAUCGUCUCAUCCGGCGUGCACAAUUGGGGCGCUCUUCAAUUUCACGACUUGAUGUACGAAAAAACGCCCCUGGACGAUUGGAAAUUCACGCCAAAACUUUACUGCAAUUCUAAAUUGGCGAAUAAUCUGUUCAACCUGGAACUCGCUAAAAGGUUAAGGUCCGAAAAAAAUGCGAAUGUCACGUGCUACGCGCUCUGCCCGGGCAUCGUGACCACGAAUAUUGGCAAGGAAAGCGCAAAACUGAGGGCGAAUCCGGAACCCUAUUUGGUUAAACAUGUGCUCUUUCCGGUGGUGAAAUUUGCCAUGGGGAAAAAUGCAAAAGAGAGUGCCCAAACCACGAUGUUUUGUGCCCUAUCGAAGCACCUGUCGCACCAUAGUGGAGAAAUGUAUAGAAAUUGCGAAUUUUGGGAUUACAGUAAGCGAACCAAGUUGAGCGAGGAGGAUGCCGCAACUUUAUGGGAGAUGAGUGAAAAGUUGGUUGGGAGGAAAUAAAUAUUUAUAACGUAGCAAAAUGUAUUUAUGCAAAUAUAAUUGUAAAAAAAUUACUGAUUGGAAAUGUACGUACGAAGAGAAAAUAAAA